CAAAGUUAUUUUAAACAAAAACAAAUUUUAUUUUAAAAUGUGCUUAUUACUUUUGGAAAGCUUUGUAAAAGUAUUUAUUUAUCUUACAGUUAUCUCUUGCGCCAAUGGAGUAGUUUACGUUCCUCCAGAUCGAAGAAUUGUUGGUGGACAUCCUGUAAUAGGAAAUGAAUUUCCAUUCUUUGCAUGGAUCAAAGUUAAGAAUAGUUUAAUAUGUGGUGCGACAAUAAUUUCCUUGGAUAUGAUUUUAACUAGUGCCCAUUGUUUUGAUGAGAUGGAUUUAAACGAUAUACGGAAUUAUACAGAAAUAUGUGCGGGUACAAUUGAUAUUGAUGAUAUAUUCCAACAAGUGUGUCGUAUUCCGAAAACUGUUAUCCAGCAUCCUGGUUACAAUAAUUUCACAUUGGAUAAUGAUAUUGCAUUGAUUCAAGUUUCAAAUCCAUUUCCCAGAACUUCGAGAAUAAGGCCAAUUACACUUAAAACAGAAAAUGAUUCAACAGGCCGUACGUGUGUUACAUUGGGUUACGGAAACACGGCGAGUGAUUCUGAUGGUAUUAGUUCACAUUUAAUGUAUGUAAGAUUACCAAUAAUUCCAACAUUCAUUUGUGCAAUGCAAUAUUUAUUGCAUAACAUUAAAAUCUCAUCAACCAUGCUUUGUGCUGGAUAUCUUUUUGGUGGGAAGGAUGCAUGUUAUGGCGAUUCUGGUGGUCCAUUAAUAUGUGAUAAUCAAUUAACGGGAAUUGUAUCAUUUGGUUUAUCAUGUGCAAAAUGGUUACGGCCUGGUGUUUAUACGGAUGUUACACGAUUUAUUGAUUGGAUCGAACAAAAUACCGGUUUACAAUUACGGAAUACGAAUCAAACAUCAAUAUUUAAUAGAGGUAUCAAUAAUAAUCGAUCAUUUUUAUGGUUAAUGAUAUUUUUUAAAAAAUAUACUUUCUCUAUAUUAAUAGUUUUAUUACAUUUUCAAUUACGUGACCUGUUAGCGGAGGACCUAGAAGAAGAUGGUACAUUCAAAAUUAUGGGUGGUAAUGAAACUGCACCACAUGAAUUUCCAUUUCAUGUAUCAUUAACAUGGCCCCCAGGUAGUGAUUACUUUUGUGGUGGUGUUUUAAUAACACCAAAACAUGUUUUAACUGCUGCACAUUGUGUUAUCACCGAUUAUGGAUGGCAUAUGGGUCCAGAACAUAUUAUAAUCAUUGCUGGUCGAAAUUUCUUAAAUGAAAGCGGUGUUGUUCGAUUACCAAGCAAAAUCACACCACACGAGAAUUAUACAAUUGCAACGAAACAAAAUGAUGUAGCCAUUAUUGAACUGCAAGAACCAUUCGAAUUAUCUAAAAAAAUUAAUACCAUUCCAUUGAUCAACUAUAGAGUGCGUCCAUUAUCAAAAUGUACAGCAAUUGGUUUUGGAGCACCGAACGCAUCAGGUCCCCCAACAACGAAUCAUUUAAUGAAAGUUGAGGUUCCAGUUCAAUCAAUGUUACGAUGCCGUUUAUUGUUUGCAAAACGUGUGCAAAUUUUUAAUGGAAUGAUGUGUGCUGGUUAUGUUACUGGUAGACGAGACGCAUGCUCGGGUGAUUCAGGUGGACCAUUUGUAUGUGCCAAUCAAUUAGGUGGCAUUGUAUCAGCUGGUAUUGGUUGUGGUAUAUUUUAUAAUCCAGGCAUUUAUUCCGAUGUUGUAUAUUUCCGUCCAUGGAUUGAUCGAGUACUGGCUGAAUCAAAUACAAUUUUACCACAUCAUAAUUUCAUGGCUCCGUCAUCCACGACUCCAAGUACGCUAGACAUGCAUUCGCAUGGAUCUACUCUCAGCACGCUUAAUAAAAUAUAAAUUAGCACUGUUAAAUUUUUUACAAAAAA